GUUGAGUUUACGCGCUGCCCCGGACAGUCCGCUUCGCGCAGGAUAAGAGGCGCACUUGGACUGAAAUAGAAAAGUGUUUUGUCAACAGGAAAGACUGAGGAAACGGAAAAGCCAGACUUUUGGAGAGAGUGCACUUUCACUCCUCGACACUUUUCCGGCAGCAUGUCUCUCACCGGCUCUUCUCCUCCGCUGCUCUCCCCGGGCUCCGCUGUCCCUACUUCGGCCACACUUUUCCGCUCUGCUCCGGAUGCUCUCCACACGUCCAUGGCUUCUUCGGGCACUUCCAGUCCUGCCCACACCAACUCCCACUCCAUGUCGCCCCGGCUGACCAGCAGCAUGCUCAGCGCUUUCCUCCCCGGACACGGAGGCGCACUGGCCGGCUUGGGCAACGGCGGCUCCGCGCCUCUGGUGUCCGCAGGCGGUGCCGCCGCGCUCGGUGCGCUCGGUGGACUCGGCGCGCUGACCUCAGCCGGAUUGACCCCCGGGUCUCCAGUCUUGUCGCAGACCUCGUCCAGCCCGGGACUGUGCAGCGAGUGCAAGCUGGUGGAAGUGCACGGCGUGAAAGUGGCCAGCUUCAGCGUGGAUGGCCAGGAGCUCAUCUGCCUGCCGCAGGUGUUCGACCUCUUCCUCAAGCACCUGGUCGGGGGUCUGCACACCGUCUACACCAAGCUGAAGAGGUUGGACAUCACGCCGGUGGUCUGCACCGUGGAGCAGGUGCGCGUCCUGCGGGGGCUCGGCGCCAUCCAGCCAGGGGUGAACCGCUGCAAGCUCAUCUCCAGGAAGGACUUCGAGGUCCUCUACCAGGACUGCACCAGCGCCAGCUCUCGUCCGGGUCGUCCUCCCAAACGUUGUUCUGGUGCAGGGAUCCAGGAAAGCCCCAGGCUGCUGCACCCGGGCCUCCCAGGCCUUCUGUCGCCCAACCUGCUGUCACACACCGGGCUGACUGCGGCAGCAAUGGCGGAGCUCCAGAAGCUCCAGAAGAUGAAGAUGAUGAUGAGUCUUCAAAAUGGCAACGAGUCUGACAAUGACGACUUGCACUCCAACACAGGAGGAAGUGAGUGUUCCUGGGAUAAGGAGCGUCUGACGAGCCCCCCUGCCGGAGCCCACAGUGGUGCCCCGGGUGCAGGAGGAGGAGGUGGUGGCGGUGGGGGAGCAGGAGCCCAGGCAGGAGCAGGAGCCGGAGGUGGUGCAGCAGGAGGCGGAGGGAGGGGGUCGGCCAUCGGAGCCGUCAAUCAGCAGCAACUCCAGCAGCAACAGAUUCUGGCUAACAGAUUGGACCUGCCCUUCAUGAUGAUGCCCCACCCCCUUCUGCCCAUGGGUUUGCCACCAGCGUCUGUUGCCAUGGCAAUGUCACAGAUGAACCACCUCAGCACCAUUGCAAACAUGGCCGCCGCUGCUCAGCAGAUACACACUCAUGUUCAUCGCGCACCUGUCAUCAAGGAAAGAGUGUGCGAUAGUCCUUCGCUCUCUCCAUCUGGUGAUGAGAACAACACUCCCCUGCAGUCGCAGCCCAGCAGCUCGGCCUCCAGCUCGCCAGAGAGGCUCGGCCUGGUUUCGAAUGAUGCAGAUGUACCACUGACCAACCCAGCAGCACCCAUCAAGAAAAUCACAAAGGACAAAGAGGAGCCGACCCUGGGACAGGCCCUUCCUCCUGGCUUCCCGGCUCCUUUUCUGUUCGCUGACGGACUGUCAUCGGUGGAGACCUUGCUCACAAACAUACAGGGAUUACUCAAGGUGGCGGUAGAGAACGCCCGAGUACAGGACAAGCAGAUCCAAGCUGAGAAGCGGGAACUGAAGAUGGAGCUCUACAGGGAACGAGAGAUGAGGGAGAGCCUGGAACGACAGCUGACCUCUGAACUACAGAGCCGAGCCUCCAUCCAGAAGCGUCUGAAAAAGGAGAAAAAGGCCAAGAGGAAGCUGCAGGAGGCGCUGGAGUAUGAGUCAAAGAGGCGGGAGAGAGUGGAAGAUGCCCUGAAACACUCAUCCUCAUCCUCCCCGUCUCCUGAGCCGCUGCACGCAACCAACAACAUCGACAAUGACACAGCUGAAGCUGACGAUAAACCUGAACUUAAUGGGAACCAGCAAGACAACGGCGCUGUACAAGAUUCCCGGACUUUCCUGAAGAACCCCAUGAUGUUCUAGAACGGCCCCUUGAGACCCCCUUACUCCCAACAGCCUCGACUUCCUUCGAGGUGGUGGCAGCUGCCCAGGGAGUCACCGCCCAACAUGGCGCCGACGGCUGCCCAAGCGGGGUGUUCAAUCCAAUGCAACAUUUUGAGGUUGCCAGGAAACAAUGAGACUACUACUUAACGAUCGAGACUCACUGGGGGGUUUUCAGAAUCUUUUCUGGAUCAGUUUUGCUCUCUCUUCUUUUUUUUUUUUUAGAGUCACUCCACCUCUCCAUCUUCAUGAUGCCUCCACCAUUCAACAUUGUAUUUUCCUGCAAAUGUACAAACAUGUUUGGACAGCUAUUUUGGACCUGAGUGGACGGCUCGGGUUUCUUUGGGAUGAUCCAAGCCCUGGUGGGAGUCACUUCCAGUGCUGUUUACUUUUGAGUAAAAUACAAUUAAUAAAAAAAAGUGCCCACUGGAGUGAUCAUGACUUCUGUUUGGACCUAAACUGCUACUGUGGGCAGCUCAGGACUGGAGGAAGAGGGUCGAAAUGAAGUUGUGGAGAAACAUUCAGGAGGAACACAGGAAAGAAGAGGAAGACGACACUGAAGACUAUUUAUGUCUCACUUCUUACGCUUAAUUUAGUAUUUCCGUAACGGGACGGAGAAGAAUGCAUGGGAAAAGUUUUGUGUUCUUUGACAUCAACUCCGCGAUCUCCUCCUUGUUUGGUUAAUUCCUUUAUAAAACUCUUUGUCUCCCCUCCAUCUCCUCCACUUCCUGUGACUCUGAAAACGUUGAAUGCAGCUUUUCAAUGUAUGAAGUGUUUUCUAUCACCCCAAACAUGUGAAGUAGUCAAAUAAUGCAAACAUCUAAAAAAAAGCCCCCUUUUUUAUGACAAUGAAGUGAUUUUUAGAGUAUUUUACCCUAAUAUAUGUUUCAUUCUCUUCUCAAUUUGUCACCUUUGACCACUCAGACUCCGAGCUUCUGGUGUCCAAUGAGGUGGAAGUCACUAGAGCGACAGUAAAGGAGUUUUUACGUACUCUAUCCGCUCCUCAAAUCUCAUUUGUCCUCAAGUGAAGCCUCUUAAAGCCAUGGCAUUCUUUGGCAUGCAUCCCCAAAAAUAUACUGAUCUGCCACAACAUGAUGACCACCUUGUGCAGCUUGCAGUUGCAGUCUGCUCCCAUCAGCGAGCUGCCGCAACUGUUUUGCUGUGGUACUGACCACUGCAGAAUAUUUUAUCUCCAAGGAGUGGUUGUGUUGUUUUGGCAAAUCAGUAUAUGAUCAGAUAUAGGAACAGAUAAUAGCACUUUAAUAAGCAAUUCAUAACAGCCCAACUGAGCUGGUGAACGCAUCAAGUGCUCCUCACCUGCGUCACUCACCAGUUGCUUUUGGUCCUUCAGACCAUUAGAGUGCAGAUUUGUUGUGUUUCGGUUCUGUUUAUUCCACUGAGUGUUGAUUUGUUUGUUUAUUUGUUGCUUCUGUUUUUCUAAUGUGUGAUAAAUGAGGGUGGGAGGAGGCGGGGCUCGGGUUUCAGGGGCUACUCCUUGUAGAUAGAAGCCACCAUUUUUGUUUUUUACUUCAUUUUUUUCCCCCCAAAGAUCCCUCAGUCUGUCACUGUUCUCUGGAUUUGAGCUGACUGCAAAUAUACAGUAUUAUAAUGACAGCUGGGUUGUGGUGCUUUAUUCACCUGCACACACACUUCUUUAAUAGACACACAUUUGUAGGCUCAAAGGGCAAGAGACAGGAGACUCCCUGAGGAGGUGGCUGCUCUAUUUCAGGGCAACCACUCACACAUUAUAGUUAAUGGACAAUAUAGAGGCAUAACACGUCACCUGCGUUUGGGGACAGUGGGAGAAGAAGAAUCAACAUACUCCACUAAGGACAGAGUUACAGCUCGCCGAACCUGAGGACAUGAGUAAGUGAUCAAUGACUGAAUGAGUCUUGUGUUGCUUUUACAGUACGUGGUGCAGUCUGUCACUUAUUGAUACCACACCAAUAGAAAGGCCCCCUCUCCUCUAGUUCCAGGAUGCACUGCAACAGUUAGAGUUACAUGUAACAGUAAAUACAGCCAAGGGAUUACAGCUAAUUCUCAUUCACGCCCAAUAUUUUUGUUCGGAUUUAACCUCAUAGCUUCCUGUGACAUUUCAGAUGAAGAGGAUUUUAAUACUGCAUAUUUUGGUUCAAUGUUCAAUGUUUUUUGCCUAUAUAAAUAAUGCUGAGCGACUUUUUACGACCACACCAACAGGCUGAUGAGUCUAAAAUCG